AUGCUAGCUCCUAUCUUUGCCUCGAGUAACGUUCUCCAACAAUACAUGAAGCAUCCGUCUUCAGGUCCGAGGGAGCUUACCCCAGCCAUGGUUCGCUCAAUUGACGAGGCUAACAAACCUGCAAAAAGAGGCAAGAAACCAGAAACCCAAAAAGAGGCACAACUGAAGAAGCCCGCUAGGAGGCUCAUACUACAAUCUUCGAGUGACUCAGAUUCAGAGUAUGUUCCUCCCCAACAUAAGAUUGCCUCUCCUUCAGAAUCUGAGAGCGAAAGCUCUGAUGAUGAGGCUUCGGGCCGAGGUGAUACUCCGCCUCGCUCCCUUACCCCGAAAAUUCUAGUUUGCUUUCAUUCUCCUUCACCUCCACCUGUAACCAUCCCUAGCAAUGAUGAUGAUGAUGAGCCUGUUACGAAACGUCAUCUCAAGGCAAUAAAUGAGAAGCUUGAUCAACUACUCUCAUCCUCUACCUCUGGAGCUUAUUCUGAAGCUGCAUUGAAGGCCUUGUUCUCCUCCGUUGUUACUGAACAUAGUGUCGCAUUAUCUUCUGCAACCAAGACAAUCGAAGCCUCUACUUCCGAAUGUCAACAAGCCUCAAUCGCUGUUGAUGCUUCGACUAAAGAAUGCAAGGAAGCGAUCGCAAAGGUUGAUAAACUAGUUUCUGAAGCACACUUGUUUUUAGAUUCCUUGCAGGCUGCUGCUACUGCUAAGAACGCUCAAACUGUCAACGCUUUAGUAGAAAACCUUCAACGGUUUCUUCAAUCUGAAAACUCAAACCUUGAAGUCGGACGACAAGCCAUUGAAGCAGCCAACACAACUCUACAUGCUAACGUCAAUGUCUGUUUGACUCAAUUGGAGGCCGAAUUGGCUGUAGAGAAUCGCAUCAUGGAUGACCUUGACAGGCGCACCUCACAGCUGAAAAUGCAAAACCUCAAGUUGUGUACUACUACUACUGAGCUUAAUGAUCUAAAGUUAGAGAAGGAAGUCGUUCGGAGUUUGGUGGCUGAUGUUCACUCCAUCCUCCUUCAUAUCCUUGAAGCACACGAUCCAAUCAUCAGCAUUGCCACCUGA